ACAGCUGUAUGGCUGAACUAUAGAGUCGCUACGAGGGACCCGCGCUGUUGUAGCCACAAAAAAAAACAGUACGUGAUUCAGCGAUACAAGCGCGCAGUCGGUUCCCAACAGCGACGCGGCGGAAGAUGGCGAUGCCCAGGUCGAGGCCCCUGCCGAAGCACUCGACUUUUGCUUAUUUCCCCUUAGUUACUACCUCCAUCGGUGUAGCCGACGGCUCUGUUUUACUUCUUUUGUUCAGCAACAGUGAAUUGUCCUUUGUGAACCUCCCCUUGCCAAGCCGUUAAUCAGCCACAACAAAAUGCCAUCUUGGUGGCGGGUGUUCCCGCUAUGCAACUUGCUGCUGCUUCUACUUUCCGGAGUUACGCAGCAAUGCGGGCCUCGGCAUGUAUUAGGGUCCGAACAAUUUGACGGGGGAUGGCGUGCAUACCCCUCGAAAAUUGACCGUUAUGUUGCUCAAAUGGAAAGAUUUAUCGAGAAGGAACCAGCGGGUGAUCUGAUUUCGUUCAUCAGUGACAAAGCUGACCCGAUCAAUAAAAGAGAACUCAUGUAUGCCACCCUUAUUUUCGGAAGGAAACAUGGUGGUCCAGAAAUAAGACCCGGAGUGAGGCACACGCUGACCUCUUUCUACCGAAGCCUCGCGACAAAGCUCAACAUUCCCAAGUCCGAGGUACAAAAAAUGAAGGAAGAGGUGGCCAAGCAACUUUCUGCCGCAGUCGCAGAAAGGGACCUCGAACUGGAGAGAAAGAGACAGCACGUCCAAGAAGAACGGCAGUCUCGACAGAGAUUGAGAUAUUCUUCUCAUAAAUUAUCAACCGGCUCCUCUGCAUCCCGUGGUCCUGAGGAUGGUGCCGUAUGGCGUCCUCCGUCUCUAUCCCCCACAACAGCUGAUGUAUUCGAGGAUGGAGAAGACAGUGGGCACACGAGAGAUGUUCCAGACAGCCUGCGACAGUCGCCCGCUCUUGGUACAAAAAACCUUGAUGACGUUGAAAGCGGCGCGCGAAGUUCCAGCCGUGUUGGUCAGACGGGUAGACCUCCUCAAACAGGUGCCGAGUCACCGCCGGAGGGACCUAGCAGGCCAUCCUAUUUAUCGGAGGGGUGGGCAGCCGUCCGUAAGCAUAGGAAGGGAAUCCUGGCGGCCGUUGCCGCUGCCGCGGUUGCUGCAGGUUUGUUUGGCGCAGUCAGGAGGAUGAAACCAUGGAAAGGAAUAGCAGGGUCACGAGCAUUUUCAUGGAAUGAAUCGACAUGCCGACUUGCGCUGAAGGUAGACAUGGCGCGUCGCUUGAACGCAAUGGGAGCAGUGGCCGAUGUGGUCCGCGUUCAAGCAAAUAAUUCUCAAGGAAAUCUUGAAGUGACCUAUAGAGAGAAACCGGCUUUCGUCAGCUCAAAAGGAGGGCAUUUGAUUGAUCCGAUCAAAUACUACCUUUCCCUAGGACAUGCUUUGACAACUAGGAAAGAAGCAUUCGCGGUUCCAACCAGUUGCGUAGCUUCCCGGUCCUCGACGUACCUAGUUACCAGGAAUGGGAACGAUAUCAACGGUGUCAUCGUGGAUUUGGAUUUCCGUCCGGCACCAUUUGCAGUCCCGAGAGAGGUUGUUACCAAAGAAGAAGUCGAGCAUCUGUUACAAACAAUGAGCGAAUCCGACAGCGAAUGGACCCUUUAUUUCAACUGCACCCUCCAUCUUACUGUUGCAAGCGAUAGCUUGGUAGGACCGCCCGUUGUUCUAGUCGAUCCUGCGAUUGGAGCGGUAGAGCUUGGAAAUAGUAUCUCGCAGAACAAAACGUUUGAAAUCCCCCUUCGCUGCCUAGCGCGUAAUCCGAAUGAGGUGAAAUACAUGUCUCUGGAACGGGAUAUCAAUGGUACCAGCAUGACUGACCUUAUUUUGAUCAUGGAAGAAGCAGGUGACGCGGAGAGGGAGGCAUGGACAGAAAUCCCCAAGCGAGCCGACGUGCAAACCGGAGAUGAUAUAUCUUUUCUUUUAGAAGAGGAAAGAGACGACAAAAGUGCUGAAGCCUUGUUUAAGAUCAACAGAUGAAAUGCAUUUCGUAUGUGCCUACAGGUAAAGCGUUGAUGCCUUCUCAUCGUUUGGUCAGUGGAAUUUCUGUGAUCGUUCGAAGCCUGCUUAGGUUGAUAGCUGCCGACGGGAACCUAUUGUGAUACGUAGGUUUAGGUUACCAGGCGGUGGUCCUUCCUGAUCUACAACGGAGCAGCCGCCGUUGCUCGAGAAGUUGAUGAGCGUGUUCGUUGGUGCGACGGCUUCGUUGUUCACUUUUCUUGUGUCAUUGGCCAUCCGUAGUGUACUGCUUUUCCCACAGGACUCGCUGUCCCCCCAUUCUGUUCUCGAUACACAAAGUGGGAUCAGCACCCGCUUUCCUCCUUUUUCGCGUAUUCAGCAGUGUAAAUUCACCCGGGAAGCAUACUAGCAGCGGCCGAGGUGUACAUGAAUCUGUUGCUCGCGUAUUGAGGCUGCCUCAGUGCUGGAGAAGUGCUUGUCAGAGGAGUAACGAGAUAUGGUGAAGUGCGACAAAGGCUGUCAGCGUCGUGGACAACCAGUGUCAUUUCACGUGCCCCAGGCUGUCGAAAUGGUUUUUCCAGACGCCGUACAUACUGACCAGCCGUCCAAAAGCUGCAUGAGCUUUAGAAUAAAUGUCAGAGACGGAGACGCUCUGAGAUUUCUUAACAUAGUGAUUUGCAUAAGCACGCAUAUGGUCGUCUAACCAUAAAUUUGCGACUCGCGUAUGCGACUCACAUAGGCAUAUUCUCAUCGAGAUAUGGGAAGGGACUAGCUUGCUUAGUGGCACCUAUUUCGCCUGAUACGAUACAGACCGAAAACUCUGCCAAUUACUUAGUACCUCCAACCCAAGCCGUCUUCGAAAUCUGUGUUACCAAAGUUUGCCCUGCUUGGAGUACACAGACGAUGCACAGCAUUCACGCACGCUAACCGAUCUCAGCUUGUUAGAUAUGUCGACAGGCUUUCCGUAUGGCUUGUAAUGAAAUCAUACUGACUAGUUACAGCUGAAAGAGCACCACACGGACCAACUGGUUUCCACGUAACUAGCAGGAAACUCUCUACAAACCAUGUACGAUUUAACACAUCAGUCAUGACACGAUUUGGAUGAAAUGUGCUUUCGCCACACCCUGUACAAAAAGCUCCGUCAUUUUCGUAUUUAGGAAUGACGCCCGAAGUUUCUCCUGGAGCUCCCUGCGGUCGGCCACAAACCUCACUGGGAGCCGUCUGUUUCAUUUCCUGGGAAGAAACACAGCAACAUGCGGAACCAAG